UCUGGGUUGCAGCGCCGGUCGUGGCGGUUUCGGUACCCGAAGCCGGGAGCGCGGAGCCGGUCCCUGGGGCGGCGGCCAGGCUAUGAUCGCGGGUCCCCGGCGUCCCUCUCGGGCCAACCAGAGUCCUUGUCUCAGCGUGUGCCUGUGGCCGAGCAGUCUCCUUCACCCGGUCCCACUGCACGGUUGGCAGCGGCGCUCCCGGCGCGCCCCCUCCUCCGAUGGCGGCGGAGAUCCAGCCCAAGCCGCUGAUCCGCAAGCCGAUCCUGCUGCAGCGGGUCGAGGGGUCCCAGGAGGUGGUGAAUAUGGCCGUGAUCGUUCCCAAGGAGGAGGGAGUCAUCAGCGUUUCGGAGGACAGGACGGUUCGCGUAUGGCUAAAGAGGGACAGCGGACAGUAUUGGCCAAGCAUAUACCAUGUGAUGCCUUCUCCAUGUUCAUGCAUGUCUUUUAACCCGGAAACAAGAAGACUGUCCAUAGGUCUAGACAAUGGUACAAUCUCAGAAUUUAUUUUAUCAGAAGAUUAUAACAAGAUGACGCCUGUGAAAAACUACCAAGCGCAUCAGAGCAGAGUGACGAUGGUCCUGUUUGUCCUGGAGCUGGAGUGGGUGCUGAGCACGGGGCAGGACAAGCAGUUUGCCUGGCACUGCUCUGAGAGCGGCCGCCGCCUGGGAGGCCACCGCACCAGGGCUGGGGCCUCGGGCCUGCAAUUUGAUGUUGAAAGCCGGCACGUGUUUAUUGGUGACCAUUCAGGCCAAGUAACCAUCCUCAAACUGGAGCAAGAGAGCUGCACCCUGGUCACAACAUUCAGAGGACACACAGGUGGGGUGACUGCUCUCUGCUGGGACCCCGUCCAGCGAGUUUUGUUCUCAGGCAGCUCCGAUCACUCUGUAAUCAUGUGGGACAUCGGUGGGAGAAAAGGAACCGCCAUCGAGCUCCAAGGACACAAUGACAAGAUCCAGGCCCUCUCCUACGCGCAGCACACACGGCAGCUCAUCUCCUGUGGCAGUGACGGUGGCAUUGUCGUUUGGAACAUGGACGUGGAGAGGCAGGAGACCCCUGAGUGGUUGGACAGCGAUUCCUGCCAAAAGUGCGACCAGCCUUUCUUCUGGAACUUCAAACAAAUGUGGGACAGCAGGAAAAUUGGCCUAAGACAGCACCACUGCCGCAAGUGCGGGAAGGCCGUCUGCGGCAAGUGCAGCUCCAAGCGCUCCUCCAUCCCUCUGAUGGGCUUCGAGUUUGAAGUGAGGGUCUGCGACAGCUGCCACGAGGCCAUCACCGAUGAAGAGCGCGCGCCCACAGCUACCUUCCACGACAGCAAACACAGCAUUGUGCAUGUGCAUUUUGAUGCAACCAGAGGAUGGUUACUGACUUCAGGAACUGACAAGGUUAUUAAGCUGUGGGAUAUGACCCCCGUAGUGUCUUGAUGACACCCCCAGGCACCCAAGAGGCCGUGUUUACUCAAGAGGCGACUGUUCUAAGCCCGGCCGGGACUGGGACUGGGAAGCAGACGAGUGAGGAGACAGAAGCCCCGGAAGCGAGCUGAGUUUGCGUAUUGCUAGCGCACACAGUGGUGAAUGAACACGUGGAGGGGACUCUUUCGAUUUACACAAUUUAAAAGAAGAUAUUUUUUUAACAAAUGGUUUAUACAGCCUGGCUGUGCUGCAUUGUUUUGAGUAUACUGAAAACUCUUUAUGGGAGCGUUUCAUUUUUAUAUUUUUCAAAACUUCAUUUUGGUUGUUGCUUUGUGUUUCCGAGAAAUGAGGGAAGUAUGUGUUCAGGGCGUUUUUGGUCAUCACAAAACAGCAUCCACGUUUUUCCCCAGGCACGGACCCUGUGGUCUGCAGCUCUGUCCCCUGUGUGUCUGUCCGCCCUCCCCUUCGUCUGCUUUCCACCCAAGUGCAUGUAUUUACAGUUUAUUUGCAGCAUUGCUGCUUCCGUAGAAAUCCUCUUCAACUGAGAGACUGGAAAAACCACUCGUGUGGGCUUACAACUGACUCCAUAAAUCACCUGCAGAAUGGUCUGUGAUGUCUGACUUACUCGUGUUCUUCUGGAGUAGAAAUGACCUGGUGUUUCUGCCUCAGUUUCUUCUGUCUUCCCCACACACACACACAUUAAAAAAUGCUAUGAGAAA